AAGUCAAACUGAAAGUCCUUCUCUUACUAUAUACUUAGAUAUAUAUAAUCUUAAAGAACAUAAAGUUUUGCACUCACCACAAAAUCACAGAGAAAAAAGAGAGCUGCUAAACCGAGAUGGCAGAAACUGCAGCGUCCUUGGCCGGUCAGUAUUUGCUUCCUAAAAUUUUGGAAGCUUUGAAAAUGCUUAGAGAUCUCCCAAAAGAAGUUGCAGACAUUACAGAAGAACUGGAGAGCUUUCAAGAUUUCAUCAAUGAUGCAGAUCAAGUGGCUGAAGCUGAAGAAGAUGAUGGUAGGCGUGAUAGAAUCAAAAAAAGGGUGAUGCGGUUGAGAGAAGCAGCUUUCCGCAUGGAAGAUAUCAUCGACGAAUUCUCGAUUCAUGACGAAAACAAUCCUCACGAUCCUCGAUGUGCAGCUUUACUCUGUGAGGCUGUUCAGUUCAUCAAAACUCGGAUCCUUCAACUUCAAGUAGCAUAUAAGAUUCAGGAUGUGAAAUCACUUGUUUGUGCUGAAAGAGAUGGCUUCCAAAAGCAAUUUCCUUUACCAACAAAACCGAGUGGUUCUAGAGGAAAUCAGAAUGUCACAUGGCACAAGCUUCGAAUGGAUCCUCUAUUUAUUGAGCAAGAUGAGGUUGUGGGCUUUGAGAGUCCAAGACGUACGUUGAAGAAUUGGUUGAUAGAGGGACGAGAAGAGCGCACUGUCAUCUCUGUUGUUGGUUUGGCAGGAGUUGGAAAAACCACUCUUGCUAAGCAAGUUUUUGACAAUGUCCAUAACGACUUCGAGUGCCAUGCAUUGAUCACUGUGUCUCAAUCCUACACUGUAGAAGGACUGCUGAGGGAUAUGCUGCACCAGUUUUGUAAAGAAAAGAUGGAGAAUCAUCCUGCAGAUGUUUCUACCAUGGAUCGAAGAUCGUUGAUUGAAGAAGUCAGAAAGCAGUUGCGCAACAAGAGGUAUGUUGUCAUGUUUGAUGACGUGUGGAAUGAAAAAUUUUGGGAUGAUGUUGAAUCUGCUGUAAUUGAUAAUAAAAAUAAAAGUAGAAUAUUAAUUACAACCAGAUAUGAGAAGGUUGUGGACUUCUGUAAGAAAUCUUCUUUUAUUGAAGUGCAUAAGCUAGAAGAACCUUUAAGUGAAGAAGAAUGUUUCAAACUGUUCUGUAACAAAGCCUUUAAGUAUGGUUCUGAUAGACGCUGUCCAGAAGAACUUAAAGAUAUAUCUCUUGAAAUUGUUAGAAAGUGUAAAGGCUUACCUCUAGCAAUUGUGGCUAUCGGUGGUCUUUUAUCUCAAAAAGAUUUUUGUGCACAUGAAUGGAUACUGUUUAGUCAAAAUCUAAGUUUAGAAUUGGAGAGGAAUUCUGAGUUAAACAGUAUAGGAAAGAUUUUAAGUUUAAGUUACUAUGAUUUGCCGUAUAAUCUUAGAUCACGUUUAUUGUAUUUUGCAAUGUAUCCUGAAGAUUAUGAAGCUAAAUCUAGUAGAUUGAUUAGGCAGUGGGUAAGUGAAGGGUUUGUCAAACAUGAAACCGGAAAAACAUUGGAAGAAGUUGCACAACAAGAGUUAUUAGAGUUGGUCCGCAGAAGUUUGGUGCAAGCAUCUUCAAUUAGCAUUGAUGGCAAAGUUAAAGGAUGUCGUGUUCAUGACUUAAUACAUGACAUGAUCCUUAGAAAAGCUAAGGAAACAGGAUUUUGUCAGUAUUUUGAUGAGCAUAAUGAAUCAGUGUCAAGUGGGAUAUUCAGACGCUUAAUAAUAACAACAGAUUCCAAUGAUUUAGUUGGAAUUGAAAGAUCACACAUUCGGUCAAUUCUAUGUCUCAAAAGGAACAGGUUAACUAAACAAUUCAUGGACAGAAUCUUUUUAAAAUACAUGCCAUUGAGGGUACUUGAGUUUGAAAAUUUUGGAUCAUUAGAUUUUCCAAAAGCUUUAUGGAAUUUAAUCCACUUGAAGUAUCUAAGCUUUAGGAAUUCAUGGAUAGGAAGCCUUCCAAAAUCCAUUGGUGAGCUCCAGAACUUAGAGAUCUUGGAUGUACGAGAAACAAUGGUGGUUGACAUACCAAAGGAGAUUAGUAAGAUUAGAAAACUACGUUAUCUUUUGGGUGAUGAAAUAUCUUUUGUUGCAACAAAAGACUGUCUUGGAAGCAUGACAUUCCUGGAAAAGAUACGGGUCCUCAGAGUAGAUGAUGAAGGAGUGGUAAUUAGAGAGCUAGGAAAGCUAAAGCAAUUAAGGAACCUGAGAAUUUCUAGUGUUAGGGCAGAACACACCAACACUCUAUGUUCCUCCAUACAUGAGAUGCAGUUCUUGGAGGUACUACAUAUUCAUGUAGUAAGUGGCCAUGAAUUUAUAAUUGACCUUCCUCAUAUGUCAUCCUUGUCAACACUUCGGAAGCUCUUUCUACAUGGAAAGUUAAAAAAGUUGUCAAAUUGGAUUCCACAGCUCCAAAAUCUUGUGAAAUUAUCUUUGGGGUUCUCUAGGUUAACUGAUGAUCCAUUGGAAUCACUAAAAGAUAUACCGAAUUUGUUAUUCAUCGAUAUCAGCAAUAAUGCUUACGUAGGUGAAACUUUGUAUUUUAAAGAUGAAGGGUUUCGGAAACUAAAGGAGCUUCGGCUUAAGGAUUUGUACAAGUUGAAUUGCAUCUUUAUUGAAAGAGGAGCAUUGCCGUCUUUGGAAAAGCUUGGGUUAAAGAAAAUCACACGACUGAGGAAAGUACCCACUGGAAUUCAACACUUGGAGACACUACAAGUUCUCCAUGUCGAGGAUAUGCCAAUUGAGUUUGAGCGGAGCAUUGAUGGCGAUGGAGGACAAGACCAUUGGAUGAUCCAGCACGUGCCUCUUGUGAAAAUUACGGUCUCGCCGUCAUUUCAAGUUAGUCGGGUCUGGAAACAAUUUCUCCACUUUAAAAAAUCAAAAGAAAGGGAGGAGAUUGAAGCAAAGGGGAGGGAGAUCAAAUUCUCAAGUGUCAAAAGAAUAAGAGAAUAAUAAUGUUUGUGAAUAUGCCUUUGUUAUAAUCAGCAGGACACAAAAAGAUUAUUAAUGACUCAUGAAUAUAUCACCUUCACAACUUUUUUUCAGUUUUGAAUAAAUUGACUCAUUGAAUUUUGUCCUGUUAUAAAGUGUUUGAUAGUGAUUUUCACCACAAUAAUGCAAAUAUUGAUUUUCAUUGCAAUAACACAGACCAACACAUGGAUCAUUCUCUUACAUGUCAUAUUAAAGUGAUUGAACUCUCAACCCUUAUCACUAUUCUAGCUGGAUCUCACCAUGUAUAUAGUACUUUCAUGUCAAAAACAAAUAUUAUACUGUGAGAUUUGACUUAUCAUAAGCAAGAUAAUUAAAUUUACAUAUUCUCUUUAAUUAUCCUGUUAGAUUAUGAAACCACCAUAAUUAGCUUUGUAUUUUAUAUAAGCAUGUCAUAUGUGAAAAGAAACUAAUAAGGAUAGGCAAAUCAGAAGAAACAAGAACAAUUAGGCUA